UUCAAAGGGAAAAAAAAUCCCCAGUCUUUGGUUAGAUUAGAGAGAAAGAAAACUUGGUGGAGGAGGGGAGGAAGUGAGAAAACAAAAGAUAGAUAGAGGGCUGAUGGGUGGGUGCUUUUCUCUCUAUCUCUUUCAGUUCUUUCCCUCUGUCUCUCUCUCUCUCUCUCUUUCACAGACACAGAGAAAGCAGGGUUAGGAGGAGCUGUUUUGCAUCCAUUCACGUCAGCCGUGCCUCAUUCCCUUCUUCCUUCCUGCUAAAGAAAGACAGAAAGCUGAGAGGGAGAGAAAGAAAGAUAAGAGAGCGCAGUAGAACAGAAACUGCCUGCCUAGUGUUUGUCUUUUACUCUGCACCCCCCACCCUGGAAACAGGCAAAUACCCUGCUACUCCCUGCCUGACCUGGAGCCUGGAUCCUCCUGCACUUCACCUUCAGGGGGGAUGCAAUUAGCGCCCAGGACUUUGCCCAUAAUGGAACAGUGCACAUGGCAAGAAAAGUGCAUGAAAGCAGGUCUUAGCCACUGGUUUUUAAGCCUGUUUUCCAGACCCAUCAACAGUGCGUGAUUUUUGGAUAUCUAUGCAGGAGCCGAGCUGGAUCAGUAAGUGGAUGAGUAGUUCUGACAGAUCCAGCUGUGUUACCGAUUGAUCCACCUAUGCCUAUGUUUCUUUGUGGAUCUACAGAAAGCAUGCACUGCUGGCGGGUCAAGAGCACAGACUUGGAACAACCAGGGGUCUGUGAGAAGGGAAGGUGCAGCAAAUUGAUGGUAUGUAAAAUGGAGCGGUUUACAGAAUUUGGCACUCAGACGGAUGCAGUGGUGGUGUUAUCUUUAGCACAAGCAGCAGUUCUUGGGCUGGUGUCAGAUAAUGAGCUGUUUGGUGCCACCAUAAGUUUGAGUGGCUUCUUCCCAGCCUCUAGAAGUGAAUUUUCAGAGAAUGGGCCUAUUGAGGCUGAGCAACCAGAAGGAGAGCUGUACCUGAAUUCGGGAGCAAGGGUUGCUGCUGAACCUCAAGAGGAUGAGGCCUUGGACUCUGAAAAGCACACAAGGAGGAAGAAAAGGCCACCAGUAAGGGUGGUGCCAAAAAUUAAAUAUGAAAAACCCGAAGAGGAGGAAGAGGGCAAAAUAUACCAGGUAACUGUUCAACCUGAUAAGGAAGAAAAAAACCCAGAAGGAAAGCCAUUACAGAAUGUCCAGGCACAAGCAAGUGAAACCACUGUGCAGAGCAGUAGUGUGAAAAUGAUAGACCUUGGUUCAUUUCGCAGGAGGCCACGAAGACAUCGACACUUAAGGGAGCGACAACAUCAUGAGAUAGAGACAGAUUACCAACACAUUUUACAGCAUCCAGUGCAGAAUACAUACCCUCUUCCUUCUGUUCCAGUGAUUCCAGGAAACCCCAGCAUGGAGAACAUGCAGAGGCAAUGUAGCUUUGGUUCUAGUUUGCUCCCACCUAAUGACACAGUUGCUCCAGCCUUGGCAUCCCCCAAAACAGAAGACCACGGACAAAACUAUGUAUGGCACGAGCCUAAUGAAUUUGAAACAGACACAGCUGAAUCUGUUGAGCGCAACAAAAAGGCUCAACUGGAUCGGCUAGAUAUAAAUGUUCAGAUUGACGAUUCCUACUUGGUGGAGGCUGGAGACCGACAAAAGCGGUGGCAGUGCCGUAUGUGUGAAAAAUCCUAUACCUCAAAGUACAAUCUAGUUACACAUAUUUUGGGUCAUAGUGGCAUCAAGCCUCACUCCUGCCCCCAUUGCAACAAACUCUUCAAACAGCCAAGCCAUCUGCAAACGCACCUUCUCACACACCAAGGCACUCGUCCACACAAGUGUGAGGUUUGUAAUAAGGCAUUUACACAAACCAGCCACCUAAAAAGGCAUAUGCUGCUCCAUACAGACAUUAAACCUUACAGCUGUCGAUUCUGUGGUCGUGGCUUUGCAUAUCCAAGUGAGUUAAAAGCUCACGAAGUCAAGCAUGAGAAUGGCCGCUGCCAUGUUUGUGUUGAGUGUGGCCUGGACUUUGCCACCUUGACACAACUAAAACGUCACAUCUCUUCACACCAGGGUCCUACCCUGUACCAGUGCAUGGAGUGCAAUAAGUCCUUUCACUACCGCAGUCAGUUACAAAACCAUAUGCUGAAGCAUCAGAAUGUUCGACCCUUUGUUUGUAAAGAGUGUGGCAUGGAGUUCAGCCAGAUCCACCAUCUCAAGCAGCAUUCACUGACUCACAAGGGAGUAAAAGAGUUUAAGUGUGAGGUAUGUGGGCGGGAAUUCACCCUGCAUGCCAAUAUGAAGCGCCACAUGUUGAUCCAUGCCAGUGUCCGUCCAUUCCAGUGCCAUAUCUGCUUUAAGACGUUUGUACAGAAGCAAACGCUGAAGACUCACAUGAUAGUCCACUCCCCUGUCAAGCCCUUCAAAUGCAAGGUUUGUGGGAAGUCCUUUAACCGCAUGUACAACCUGCUGGGUCACAUGCACCUGCACGCUGGAUAUAAACCCUUCAAGUGUCCCUAUUGUUCCAGCAAGUUCAACCUGAAGGGAAAUUUGAGCCGUCACAUGAAGGUGAAACAUGGCGUUAUGGAUAUAAGUUUGGACAGCCAAGAUCCCAUGAUGAACCUCCCAGACCAAGAUGCUAACAAUAUGGAUGGUCAUCAAGAAAUGGAGGAUUAUGAAGAAAAUUCUUAUGGCUACAGAGAAGCAGAGAAUACUGCAGAGGACCAUGUGUUGACGGAACAGACCAUGAAGGAAAUGGUUUAUUACAAUGUAUUGUAGCUGAACCACAUCGCUCUUCAUGGGAAGAAUGAGCUCUCUGAUACAGAUGGGAUACUUGUCCGUGAUGGUCUUUCUUUUCAUUCUUUCAUUGCUGGAAAACAAAUCAGAGCCUGAUCUCUAUGAGAAAACAGCCCAUAUUAGUUUGUUGUGAACUUACAUCCUAGAAAAAUUAGGCACCGGACGAAAACUCAAAUGGUUCUGCUGGUUCAUAGCGUUAUUGGUUUUCUGAAGAUGGAACUUGGACAAGUUCUCUAGGUUGUGAGACACCUGUUUGCCUUGACUAGAAAAUAAACUGUACUGUAGGACACUAGAGUCCUAGUGAGGGCCUUGCACCGACUUGGCUUUUGUAUUUCUGUAGUUUGAGCACUGGUAUAUUUGACUUUUUGUUUUUAAUGUUACUUGGCCUCUGACCAGUCUUGAAACACAGGGCAGCUCCUAAGACAUAGAUCAUUUUAAGAGCAGCUACUCCUUCUGUCUUACUUUCACAUUGCUUUACACUCUUAAGGUGGCUAUAGAUGUAACAAUUACAAUCCAAUGGUUGCAGGAAAGAUUGUUUGUUUUCAAUACAGAAGUGUAGAGCUUAAUUGUCAAAUAUACUGGUAGAAACAAUAGAAUUCUACCUGUAUCAUACGAUUAAGCACUAACAAUGGCCAAUGUUUGGGUGCCUUCAAAGGCGCCUGAUCAAAAUUUUCCAUCUAGCCAGAUCGACAAACCGAUCAAUAUCCAAGUCUUCUGCCGAUAUUGGUCGGCUCGUCUCCCGCUAUACAUACACCAAAUAUUAUAAGAAAAAAAAUUAGUUUUGUACGAUAUUAUCAGUGUGUCUAUGGCCACCUUUAAACUGAGGGGAUAUUGGAACUUAACUGAAGUUAAAAAAGUGAAUCAAACCCAAAAGCAGCCUUAGUGCAGUUGUCACUGUGUAAAGGGAAAAGUUUGCUGGUAGAGCAUCACUAAACUCCAUUGUCUACAGCAGGUAAUGCGCCUUCCAUAUUUCACCUACAGGAUAAGAGAAACGGCGGCUAGCUAGUGGCAAUGCGAGGGAAAUUCUUUUAUUUGAACUGCAGUUUAAUUGGCUGACUUCUACCUCUGUACUGGUCCUAUUUUGAGCCUGAUGUGCAUUAACUACAUGAUUUGUAGCUGCUCAGGUGAUGAGGCAGUUGAGUGAAUAUGGGAUAAAAGCAAAUAUCUAAAUUCUACUAACUGCCCUGCCCCUUACAACCAUACAGCCAACACAAAGAAAAUAAUUCUAUGUAAAUAUGGGAGUACAACCUCUUGUGGAAUUACUGCUUUUUGCUAAAGAUAAAAAUUAAAAACACAGGGCAGUAGAGAAUGUUAUGGUUACUGGAACAGAAACCUAAUUUAACUACUGUGCCAUUAACAUAUAUUUGCUCACUCUCCAUAGCUUUGUGUCUUUGUAGCCUUAGUACCAAACUUCUAACUUCUCAAGAAAAGCACUUAACCAAUAAUCUUGUUAAGUAGGAUGUAGAAGACGCUUGUUUACCUGGUCAUACGUAUCCAGAUGCAAUCAUUCAACAGACAGAUCCAUAGCCAGUCAAUUAUUAUUAUUAUUAGAGAUCAUGGAGGCCAUGCAAAGUGGAUUGCUGCAUAAUUCUGUAUAGAUUAUCAUGGGUCAACUAGACCAAAGAAUUAAAAAUCAAAUUGUUCUUGGUUUUUGAGCAAAAAAUGGGCUAUACAGUUUGGCCAGUUUGGUCAAAAAUAGACCUUUGGCAUCCAGUUCAAAAAAGAUCAACACUGAAUUGUUGUAAAUGUUUCUGUUUAAGACUCCAGAACUGUGGUCUGCAAUGGGUGUGGGCAUUAGAGUGUAUCUUAAAUGCCAGAAUGGGAAAUUAUUGAGAAGGACUAAAUAGCUAUUCUGUAAAGUGCCAAUGUACAUGGUGAUUUAGCAGAUACCCAAAUCAAUGGACAGACCAUGCCAAGAUACUGCCAUCUCUUGUAGCAUAAAUAUUGCAUUUUCAACCAUCUCCGGUGAUUUAAAGGAAAAUAUUUCCCCAUUUUGACAUGAGCUCAUUCAGAUAUAACUAUACAUAUACAAACCAGAGUCCACAUAUUACAGCAAAGCCACUAUAGACUGUCUGGGCUUGCAGGGACCAUUUCCCCCACCCACCCAAAACUCACAAUGUCAUGCAACCCCUCUAUCACCUUAUGCCAUUGUGAAGUGAUGGCUUCUGGGACCUGAAUUCUCUGCUUUCCAUAUAAUCUGUUGACCACCCACUAUGGAAAGCAGAGGACUUCAAAUCCAGGAAUCCAUCACUUGAAAGGGAACAAGGUGCUGAAAGGGGAUGUAUGACACUGUGAGCCUAAGGGAAGUUGGUAAAUGGUUUGUACCACUACAACUACUACUAGUUUCUGGUAUCUCUGUGUAAUAAAAACUCUGGAAUUUUAAAUAAAAGGAGCAAGGGGCCUGAACCCAAAAAGUCUGAUGACCUCUGCAAUAAGGGAUGAAUGUAUCUUAUUGUUUAAGGGUUUUGUUGUGACAUAUAUAAGCUUCGUUGCUUCAGAUAUUGCAGAACUUCAGGUCCCAGCACAACACAACAGAUAAGCUGCUGUCCUUGAAAUCUAGUUUUGCAACAUUUGAGGUUGCAAAGAUUCCCCAUCCCAUAUUUAUCUACAGCUGUUUUAGUCAACAUUGUGUCGGCUUCUUCAUACACUGAAGAUAAAUUAGACCAAAGACAGAUCACAAAGAAUUCCUACCAAAUGAGACAGAGCUUUAUAUAGUGUAUGAGCAGAGUGACAGGGGCCCAGGUCCUACUCUGUAUUGGCACUGCCUAAUUAUGACUUUGCUUUGCAGCAGUGUGGUUAUGUGAUAUGUCUUGUCACCAUGUAUCAGAAGCUGAAGUACCUCAUAAAGAAUGUAUAUUGUUCAUGUUUUUUAAAGGA